AUGGCGGGCCAAUUGCGAUUCGACGACCAAGUCGUUGUCGUCACUGGUGCGGGCGGUGGCCUCGGCAAGGCGUAUGCGACGUUCUUUGCCUCGCGCGGCGCAAGCGUAGUGGUCAACGAUCUCGGAGGUUCCUUCAAGGGCGAAGGCAACGACUCCAAGGCCGCUGAUGUCGUAGUAAACGAGAUUAAAGCCGCGGGCGGCAAGGCCGUGGCCAACUACGACAGCGUUGAAAAUGGCGACAAGAUCAUCGACACCGCCAUCAAGGCGUUCGGCCGGGUCGACAUCCUUAUCAACAACGCCGGCAUCCUUCGCGACGUCAGCUUCAAGAACAUGAAGGACCAGGACUGGGACCUCAUUUUCAAGGUCCACGUCAAGGGUAGCUACAAGUGCGCUCGUGCUGCUUGGCCGUACUUCCGCAAGCAAAAGUACGGUCGCGUCAUCAACACGGCGUCCGCUGCCGGUCUGUUCGGCAACUUCGGUCAGGCCAACUACUCGGCCGCCAAGCUCGCCAUGGUUGGCUUCACUGAGACCCUGGCCAAGGAGGGUGCUAAGUACAACAUCCUUGCCAACGUCAUCGCUCCCAUCGCUGCUAGCCGCAUGACCGAAACCGUCAUGCCCCCGGACGUCCUGGCUCUGAUGAAGCCUGACUGGGUUGUGCCGCUUGUCGCCACCCUCGUCCACAAGAACAACACCUCCGAAACCGGCUCUAUCUUCGAAGUUGGUGGUGGCCACGUCGCCAAGAUCCGUUGGGAACGCUCUGGCGGUCUGCUGUGCAAGUGUGACGACUCGUACACCCCGAGCGCCAUCCUCAAGAAGUGGGACAGUGUGACCGACUUCUCUAACCCCCAGUACCCCUCGGGGCCUAACGACUUCCUGACUCUGCUUGAAGAAUCCCAGCAGCUGGGCGCCAACGAGCAGGGUGAGAAGAUCGACUUCAACGGCCGUGUUGCCCUCGUCACCGGCGGUGGUGCGGGUAUUGGCCGUGCUUACUGCCUGGCGUUCGCGAAAGCCGGUGCUUCCGUUGUUGUCAACGACCUCGUGAACCCUGACGAUGUCGUCAACGAGAUCAAGAAGCUGGGCGGCAAGGCCGUCGGUGCUAAGUUCUCGGCCGAGGACGGUGACGCCGUCGUCAAGGUCGCCAUUGAUGCGUUCGGCCGCAUCGAUAUUGUCAUCAACAAUGCCGGCAUCCUCCGCGACAAGGCCUUCACCAACAUGGACGACAGCCUCUGGGACCCCGUCAUGAACGUCCACGCCCGUGGUACCUACAAGAUCACCAAGGCUGCGUGGCCCUACUUCCUCAAGCAGAAGUACGGCCGUGUCGUCAACACCACCUCGACCAGCGGUAUCUACGGCAACUUUGGCCAGGCCAACUACUCUGCGGCGAAAUGUGCCAUCCUCGGCCUGUCGCGUGCUCUCGCAAUCGAAGGCGCCAAGUACAACAUCUUCGUCAACACGAUCGCCCCCAACGCGGGUACCGCCAUGACCAAGACCAUCCUCCCCGAGGAGCUCGUCCAGGCUUUCAAGCCCGAAUACAUUGCGCCCUUGGUGCUCGCUCUCUGCAGCGACAAGGUGCCCAACCCUACUGGUGGUCUGUACGAGGUCGGCAGCGGCUGGGUCGGCCAGACGAGGUGGCAGCGUACCGCCGGCCACGGCUUCCCCGUCGACGUCGUCCUCACCCCCGAGGAGGUCGUCAAGAACUGGGACGCCAUCGUCACCUUUGACAAGCGCGCCGACAACCCGGAGAAGACGCAGGACAGCCUGGAGAAGAUUAUGGCCAACAUGGAGAACCGGAGCGGCGCAGGAAAGAGUGCCGGCGGGAACGAGUAUCUCGAUGCUAUCCAGGAAGCCCUCAAGAUCGAGGGCCCCGGGACUGAGUUCAACUUUACCGAGCGUGAUGUCAUGCUGUACAACCUCGGCAUUGGCGCGAAGCGUAACGACCUUCGCUACGUCUUCGAGGGCAAUGAAGAGUUCCAAGCCAUCCCCACCUUUGGCGUGAUCCCUCCCUUCGACGCCGAAACCCCCUAUAGCCUCGACAGCCUCGUCCCCAACUUCUCCCCCAUGAUGCUCCUCCACGGCGAGCAGUACCUCGAGGUCCGCAAAUACCCCAUCCCCACCUCUGGGCGCCUCAUCUCCAAGGCCAAGCUGCUCGAGGUCGUCGACAAGGGUAACGCCGCCAUCGUCAAGUCCGCCGUCACAACCACCAACGCCGAGACGGGCGAGGACGUGUUCUACAACGAGAUGACCGUAUUCCUCCGCGGAUGCGGCGGGUUCGACGGGCAGAAGAAGCCCGCCAACCGCGGCGCUAGCACGGCGGCGAAUAAGAUCCCCGAUCGCGCCCCGGAUGCUGUCGUUGAGGAGAAGACGACCGAGGAGCAGGCUGCUCUGUACCGCUUGAGCGGCGACUACAACCCUCUCCACGUCGACCCCUCCUUCGCCAAGAUGGGCGGCUUCAAGGUGCCCAUCCUGCACGGCCUCUGCUUCUUCGGCUUCGCCGGCAAGGCCGUCUUCGAGAAAUUCGGCGCCUUCAAAAACAUCAAGGUGCGCUUCGCCGGCACCGUCAACCCCGGCCAGACGCUGGUCACCGAGAUGUGGAAGGAAGACGGCGGCAAGAAGAUUGUGUUCCAGACCAAGGUGAAGGAGACGGGCAAGUUGGCUAUUGGUGGGGCCGCGGCUGAGUUGGCUUAG